GUUUACCUUUUUCAUUUAUCUUUUAUCUGCGCGCGAAUAAUGAAAGUAUGUAAACUGUUUUUGUCUUUAAUUUCGUGAUAUCUCUCGAAAAUAGGAGAAUGGAAGUGGAAGACUCUUCUGGCGAUCAAUGCAAAGAAUUGAAAGAUGCAUUGUUGGCGUUCUCCCUGGAGCAUUACAAAGAUGACUUGGUUGAUAUACUACUUCUUGAGGAUCAAAACGACCAUUUUUCCAUCUCAGUAAAUGCCUUGACCCUCUUUGAGAACAACAUGAUGGUUUGUGACGUAUUGUUGUCCUCCCCGGAGAAGACCUUGAACUUCUUUGACCUUGCCCUUAUGGAGGCUCAGAGCGUCAUCAUGGAAACACACCAACAGAAAGAAGACAUGGGUGUGAAGAAGAACAUCCAUGCUCGAGUUAUGUCCCUUCCAGUUUGUCCAGAACUACACAGAACUUCUGUACCCAGGGCAGGAGACGUUGGAAGUUUUCUGGCCAUUACAGGAACUGUAAUAAGAACUACAGUUAUGAAAAUGUUGGAGCAUGAGAGAGAUUUCCUUUGCACCAAGUGUAGAAAUGUGUGCUCGGUCCAGGCAGACUUAGAGCAGUUUUUCAAUCUUGCCAAACCUAGCAAGUGUUCCAAUGAGACCUGUAACUCUACAAACUUUACCCCACUGUGUGAUACAGGUGGUCAGCCCCAGAAGUGUCGGAAUUACCAGGAGAUAAAAAUUCAGGAACAAGUGCAGCGUCUGGCAGUGGGGACCAUUCCAAGGUCAAUGUGGGUGGUAGUUCUGGACGACCUCGUGGAUAAAUGUAAAGCGGGUGAUGAUGUCAUCAUCUGUGGAACAGUGAGAAGAAGAUGGCGUCCAUCAGCUGUUGACUCUCGUUGUGACAUAGAGAUGGUUCUGGAGGCAAACCACAUCCUGGUCACUAACGAACAGCGAAACUCUGUCCUGGUCACACAGGAGCUGAAGUCAGAGAUCAUGAAAUUUUGGGAAGAUAAUAGAAAUGAUCCCCUGAGUGCCAGGAAUCAGAUACUGGCCAGUCUAUGUCCCCAGGUGUAUGGUCUGUAUGUGGUCAAACUGGCUGUGGCUCUGGUACUAGCCGGAGGGGUACAGCGUGUGGACGAGUCAGGCACUCGAGUUCGGGGAGAAAUCCAUAUGCUGAUGGUAGGAGAUCCAGGAACAGGAAAAUCUCAGUUUUUAAAGUAUGCUGCCAAGAUAACGCCAAGAUCAGUGCUGACGACUGGGAUAGGCAGUACCAGUGCUGGACUGACAGUGACAGCUGUCAAGGACGGUGGCGAGUGGCAGCUAGAGGCUGGAGCUCUUGUGUUGGCGGAUGGAGGGUUGUGUUGUAUUGAUGAAUUCAGCAGUAUCAGAGAACACGACAAGGCCAGUAUCCAUGAAGCAAUGGAACAACAGACAAUCAGUGUGGCCAAGGCUGGUAUGGUGUGUAAGCUGGAUACCCGCACCACUAUUUUAGCAGCAACUAAUCCUAAAGGACAAUAUGACCCUAACCAGAGUCUAAGUGUGAACAUCGCCCUGGCCAGCCCUCUCCUCAGUAGAUUUGACCUCGUCCUUGUAAUGUUGGACUCCCAGAAUGAAGAAUGGGACAGAGUGGUCUCCAGCUUCAUCCUAGAAAACAAAGACCCCUUAGGUGAUGUUGAUCCAAAGGCAGUCUGGAGUAUGGAGAAAAUGCAGGCUUAUCUCUCUUUGAUAAAAACCAUCAACCCUGAACUGACUGCAGAUGCCAUUAGAGUACUCGGUCAGUAUUACAAGGCACAGAGGUCAGCUGACGACCGCAAUGCCGCCAGAACCACGAUGCGUCUUCUACAGAGCAUGAUUCGACUUUCACAAGCCCAUGCUCGGCUGAUGUUCCGAGACCUGGUGACUGUGGAGGAUGCUGUUGUCGCUGUCACUCUGAUGGAGUCCACCAUGCAGGGAGCUGCUCUACUUGGUGGUGUUAAUGCUCUACAUACUGCUUUUCCUGAGGAUGCCAUUGAGGAAUACAAAGUGCAAGCUGACCUGGUUUUAAACAGAUUAGAUUUACCAGAUCUUCUGCAACAAGAAAUUGAAAGAAUAACAGUUCUUGAGGAAGCUAAAACAGAAGAGGCUUCUAACACACAAGCACAAGAAACAAAUACAUGUAUACAGCAAAUAAAGCAACAAAGUGAACAAAGUCCGAAACAACAGCAAGGCAAUCAGUUGUUGAUGUCCCAAGACAAAAAUAAAGAAGAUGAAGGGAAGAAAAGCCAGCAAAUCAGUAAUAAACUGUUUAGAACUGAGGACAAAGUGUGUGAUACGUCCCUCCAGGAUCUGUUCAAUUUAAGCACUGUAGAGGAUUAUGGGUCCCCAAAGUCAGACGAUCGGCCAAUGACCUCGACCCAAAUUCCAUCUGCUGAACCAAGGAGGUCAUUUGAUGUAUCUGAGGUUACCUGUUCUGUGACCAGUGUUAAUCCGAAGAUCCCGUCUCCCGUUUCCACAGGACAGAUUAUGGAGGUACAAUAUAAAGAAAAUGGUGGACAUGAUCAGGAUGAAAAUGUUGAAAAAUCUGAAACACAAGCUGGAAAACUGGUUUAUACCAAAGACAGAGAUCACAAAAUGUUGAUUAGAAAACAAAAGAACAAAAAUUUAGUUACAAAUUUGAAGCAGAUGAUGGAGGCACAAAAAGAUACAUGUAGUGAAUCAAAAGAAACAUCUGUUCAACAUGGUGUCCAUGAUGAGGAAAAAGCAUCGCAGCAAAGAAAUAAAAAAACAAGAAGUCCCAAAAAAAACAGUGCAGGGGAUAGUUCCUUACAAGAAUCAUGUGUUGUUGGGAAUUCUUAUGAAGAAUCAGAUAAUAAAAAGGGAAUUUCUCCAUCUACACUAACCAAACUAAAGAAAUUUCAAAGGAUAGAGGCAACUACAGAUUCCACAGAUACUAGUGAUAAUAGUGAUAAAAGCUUCAAUAAACCGCAGAGUAAAGAAAACCAAGGUCCAUUGAGUGGAUACAGUGAAACUAUGACAACCAAAGGAGAGGCACUAUCUCAGAGUUUUGAUGAAAAACAACAGCCAUAUUCCAAAAAUAUUUUUAGAGUGGAUAAGAAAACAGUGACAAACAUGAAUGAUUCUCUAGACGAUUUACUGAAUUCUCCAGAAUCUACAAAACUAUCGGUUCCAGAGAAAUUAAACAGCAGUGCUGUAAAAUCUCUGACUUCAGGUCCAUCAUGGUUAACUAAAGUUCAGUCUCUAAAGUCUCCAUUAUUUAAGUUGGACAAUGGGGACAAUGAUGAUUUAGAUGAUUUAGACAUUGACUUUGAUUUUAAUCCCUCAAAAAGAGUCAAAAUUGGAUAAUAAAAUAAAUACAAAAUACAAAAACUGUCA